AACUUCUACUCUGAAAUGGACUUUGAUGGAGAAGGACGCUUGCGGAACUUAUUUUGGGUAGAUGCAAGGAGUAGGGCAGCUUAUAACGCAUUUGGAGAUGUUGUCACAUUUGACACAACCUAUCUGACAAACAAAUAUGACAUGCCAUUUGCUCCGUUUGUAGGAGUUAAUCACCAUGGGCAGUCAAUUUUGUUUGGUUGUGGGCUAUUAUGUAAUGAGAACACCGAGACAUUUGUAUGGCUAUUCAGAGCUUGGUUAAGUUGCAUGUCAGACACUCCUCCGAAUGCUAUAAUAACUGACCAGUGCAAAGCUAUGCAAAAUGCCAUACAAGUUGUCUUCCCACAGGCUCGACAUCGUUGGUGUUUAUGGCAUAUAAUGAAGAAAAUUCCAGAAAAAUUGAGAGCCUAUUCGGAAUAUGAAUCCAUAAAGUUUGCUUUGCAAAAGGAAGUUUAUGAGUCUUUCACAAAAAAUGAAUUUGAUAAAGAAUGGCAAGCAAUGAUUGAAAAGUUUGGUCUACAUGAUAACGAUUGGUUGGGGGGAUUAUAUGAUGAGCGACAUAGGUGGAUUCCUGCCUAUGUGAAAGACAUGUUUUGGGCUGGUAUGUCAACCACACAACGAAGUGAGAGUAUGAAUCCAUUUUUUGAUGGAUAUGUCAACUCGAAAACUACUUUAAAGCAAUUUGUUGAGCAGUAUGACAAUGCCUUGAGAAGUAAGGUAGAGAAAAAGGCCAAAGCAGAUUUUAAAUCUCGAAACAAAUUGUAUGAUUGCCUAACGAUGUAUGCUUUUGAGAAGCAAUUUCGUGAAGCAUACACAAACGCAAAAUUUAAAGAGGUUCAAGCAGAAAUGAAACGAUUAUUGUAUUGUCGUGCGACUCUUGUGGAAGAAAAAGGAUCAAUUUGUACUUAUCAUGUGAAAGAGGCUAUUCCAGUUGGUGAGCAAAUGAAGAAAGUGGAAUUUGUUGUGUACUGUAAUUGCAUAGAAUGUGACAUCCAAUGUAUGUGUCGGUGGUUUGAAUUUAGGGGCAUUAUGUGUGCCCAUUCACUUAGUGUGCUCCUUGAGAUGUCCACAUAUGAGGUUCCGGAUAAAUAUAUUGUGCCGAGAUGGAGAAAAGAUUUGGAAAGAGGGUACACAUGCAUUCCUACCACAUACAGUACAUAUGGGGCUGUUUUGAAUGCAAAGGUGCAUGAUAACUACCACAAGGCAAUGGAUGAAAUUAUAGAAAUUGCUUCCAACGAUGAUGCUAAGCACAAAGUCAUUCAACUUGGGUUAAUAGAAAUCAAGGAUAGAGUGAGACAGGUUGAGGCCGGUUGUGCGAGUAAUUUGCCACCUUCUACUAGUAGUGUCCCACAUUCUACUAGUACUGUCCAACCUUCUAAUACUUCCCCCAAAACUCAGGCCGGUCGUAGUUCUACAAAUGCAAGCAUGACUCACAAGGUGCUUAGUCCUAUGGUUGCUCGCCGAAGAGGUCGUCCAUGUACAAAACGGAAAGUUAGCAAAGUGGAUGAAAUAGUAAAUCGGUUGAAGGGGAAGAAUAAAAGGGCAUCAAAAGUACAGGGUCGUAAGUUGAAUUUUGCUUCUAUGGAUGGAAUGCAAGCGAGUCCGUGUAUUGAUGGCACACAGGAGAGUAUGUACGUACCGGCACAAGGUAGCCCAAUGCAAAUGAUGGAUAAUAUUGGAAGCGGAUCUGUUAGUCAUUCACAAAUGGUCACCAAUAUAAGCAGUCAAAGUGGACCAAUUGGUUCAAAAUUUAUUGAGUUGAAUAUAGAUGUGGAUCCAAAUGCCCCUUUCUAUUUCUAGUUUUUUAGUAGUUAUUGUAAGACUUUGUUUUGUAAACUUUCAAUCAAGUCUCAUAUAGUUUAAAGUGAUUUUGGAUCCAAUCAAGUCUCAUAUGGAG